AUGGUCUUUGAAUACAACAACGACAAGCUCAAGCAAGCACUCAGAUCAAUGGAUGCCCUCGCAGCCUACGGAUCUGACUCGGAAGAGUCAGGUACAGAAUUGGCCCCCAUCUCGGCUAGUACUCUUGCAUCAACCUCAAGUCCAGCUGCUUCAAAAGCGUCAGCGCAGGGUUCAAAGAUCAACUCACUUUCUAACAUGCUGCCUCCACCGAAAGCGCAAACCAGCAGUACAUCAACCAUGAAAAUCCAGCCCUCAUCAGGAUCAGCAUCAGCUGCACCAAAGACAAGCAAGUACCACACACUUCCAACCCUCGAGUCUGAUUCGGACUCUGACGAAGAAGAAUCAGCUUUUAGGAAAAAGGCCAAGUUGGCCGAGGCAUCCAAGAAAGCAGGUGGAGGAGUCGGUGCCUUGUUUGCGAUGCUUCCAGCGCCCAAGAGUGCCGCUGCAGCGUCUUCGUCAACAUCCUCAGGAAAGCCGGCUGCAGCGAAGCCGGGAUUCAUGCCUAGGACAGUCAAGAAACCAGUACCAGCAGCAACGCAGGCAAAGAAACCUACGGCUAGUGUCACCGAUGCCAAGGGAGAGGGCACUGAUCAGGAUGAUGAUGAGGAUGAUGAUGAGGAACCGGCUCCAUUCUUUCCUCUGGGAGCAGCGGCAACAGCGACAACAUCGGCUUCUUCGACAGGAAAGGCAGCCUCAAGCACAUAUAUCCCGCUGUUCUUUGACAGGAAGCCGUUGACUACGCAGGAACGACAGGCACAGCAGGAGACUGUUGUGGAUAUGUCGACAACGAACGAACAGUAUGCAUAUCCGAACAAUGAGCAGUAUGCUUAUAAUGAGCAAUACGCAUACCCGACGAAUGAUCAGUACGCCUAUGCAACCAACGACCAGUAUGCCUAUCCUACUGAUGAUGCGUAUACAACAGAAGGCUACGGAGUGGAUGCCUAUGCACAAGAAGCACAAGGAGGGAGCAGUGGUUCCAACAGGAUUGAGCUAGACGAUGCCGCGAUGCGAUUGGAAUCCACUCAUCUGCACAAACUGGGCAUGAGGAAGGCAAGGGAUGUCCCCAUCAAUGUUAUCGAUGUCUCUGCAAGGGACCAAAUGAGCCAAGCCCAACAUGUGCGACAGGCCAUGAGCGCGAGCAAUAGUCAGCCCAAGCCCGUCGAUCUGGCCUCGAUCAAGCAUCUAAAACCAACGGCUGCCUUGAAGCGCAAGCACAAUAUCAUGUCCCUGGCAUAUGAGGCCAAGGCUAACGAGGCGCAACUGAAUGCUUCUUGGGCGGCAAGUCGUCGAACGAAAGCAGAGACGCAAUCGAAAUACGGAUUUUGA